CUUCACACGCAGCACUAUCGGCCUCCAGGAAAAGCUGCAUUUUCUGACCUUUCUGCACACAUGCACACAAACUGAAUGCAAUGACUAGUCAACGGUGCUGGGUUCACCACAAUUUGAUAUCAGUGGAAGGAUCAGUGGUCAGCACGGUGUAGGUGCAACUCGUGCAGGUGUCAGAUUUCAUGUGGAACGUCAGCCAAUGAGACAUUCACAUCACGGCCCUGUCAAACGCACACAGGGGUUAAGACAGCCAGGAAGUUCCCAUUCUGCCAGGAAGGUUGACAAAGGAGCUCAUGUGAGAAUAGAGACAGUCGUAAGUGCAUGUGAACGAUACCUCCAGGAGCGGACUAAAAUUUGAAUAAGAAGAUGCUGCGUUUACUCAUUCUGUUUUUGAUUCUUCGAGGUGCAGCUGCAACAUCAGACAACCCAGAAUUCAAUUCUUCAGGAGAUGGCAUGGAUGACGAUGAGGACGCUGCAGAUGAAGGGAACACAGUACGUUUUGAUUUGACACCUAACGAAAAUUUUGGAGAAGUUCCUGGAUCAGAUAAAUCCACAGGAGACGAUGCUAAUGGAGGUGGAACAUUGGUAAUCAUCAUAGCUGCCGUUAGCGUCGCAGUUCUGGCCAUUGCAGGUAUUGCAGCUACUGUCCUCUUCAGACGCUACUUGCAAAGCCGAGAACAGGGGGUCUACUCUGUGCCAGCAGAGCAAGGACAGAAAGCUGCUGUCUAACCAUCAGGGCCUUUUCAUUUCCUCUCUCCACUGGAUCCUUUCAGGGACGUGCUGCAAGCAUGUGAUUUCUCAUCCAAACGUAUCUAUAUCUAUAGCGGAUUCUAUAACGUCAGUAGACGAGAAUAUGUUGCUAUCACGAAUUUUCUAUGAACCGUUUUUAAGUGCACAAUGUAUAUCGUUCAUGCACACAUGCUGUAUGUUGCACUCACAAAGAAAGUCCUUGGACUGUAUAGUACAGCUCUUUGGAACUUUUUUCCUCUCCACCUGCAAUGAUUUUUUAUUUAAAUCAAAUUCAGACCAUUUAAACUGCUUAAAGGUGUGUAAUAUUUUCCAUCUUUCCAUACUUUCUCCUUUAAAGUAAGCCAUUCAUAGUUUUUUUCCCACACAAAAAAUAUAAACAAACACUGUGGCUCUGUUUAUUUGAGCAUACUGAUGCAACAACAUUGGCUCAACCAAUAGCAUGAGUUGGAGGCGGAACUAUCUAAUUAACUAGCCAAUGGCAGACAGUGCCAAAGAAAUCAUGAACUGCAGUUUUAAGCAAACAUCCUCCUUAUUUUCCCUUACGGUUCUCCAAUGUUAGCCGUCCCCAGUGCAUUUAAAGUGACAAAAUCAAGGUGGUUAAAAGAUAAAGCUGGUCUCUGGUUCUCUGAUUAUUUGACAAAAGACAGAAGCAGAGAGAGAGAAAAGCGAGUGGAAAAGUGGCUCAUUAUCAGCCGCUUUAAAUAAUGAUGUUUUCUUUUUUCUUUCUUUCACCGUGGCCGACUCCUCUAAAGCAAAGCACAUUGUAAAUAGCUCUGGGAUGCUGGGUAUUAGACAUUGCAUAUAUAGCCUAUAUACCUCCGACUUUAAUAGGGAGACAACCUGAUGGGUGGACAGAAUAAGAAUAAAGACACACAACAUGUACACUGAGGUCCCAAAAGUCCACUAUACACUGUAAAAACAGUUUUUUUCAAAAGUUGUAAAUAAAGAUUACUUUUUAAAAAUUUUUACAUUUAAUUCAACAGGGCUUUUCACACUGGUCCAGUAUGCUAAUAUUGGUCUAAUGCUAAGCAUCUAACGGUAACAUUCUGACAAGGCAGUGCGGGGUUAAUACCGCAAAAGCGGCGUCAAACCUGCUUUUAUCCAGAGUUAAAAGCAGAGUCUGUAAAGACAUUAAACCGGGGUAAAACGCAGUGUGAAAAACCCAUAUGUUUCCCUUGUGUUUUGAGUCACUAUUAGAUGUUUUUUCCCCUUACGAAACAACUACAAUGCGAAUAACGGUCCAAUAUGCUAAUAUGUUUCUACUGCUAAGCAUCUAACCAUAACAUUCUGACAAUGCAAUGCUGGGUUAAAACCGCAAAAGCGGUGUCAGACCAGCUUCUAAAUUAUAAGUGUGAAACCUGCUUUUAUCCAGAGUUAAAAGCAGAGUCUAUAGGGACAUUAAACCGGGAUAAAAUGCAGUGUGAAAAGCCCAUAUGUUUCCCCUAGCAAGUUCUGAGUGAAAAAAGUAAAUCGCAGUAAAAAAAAAAUUCAGUGUAGUGAAAAAUGCUGCAUUUUUUCUAAUUUAACAACAUUAGAAAUGCAUUUGAAGUCACAUUACAUUACCGGUAUAACUACAUAACUGGACUUGACAAAACUUUAUUUUUCAAUAUUGCAUUUUCAGAUUUUGAAUCCCAGAUCUUUAUUGUGGACUUUUGGACUCCAGUGUAUCCACAGCAUCAUUGAUUGAACCUAAGACACUAUAGCGAGCUACUUACUUUUAUCUUUCUCUUUCUGUCUCAUCUUUUUUUUCUUCCAUUUUUUUUAGAUUAAAAUGGAAAUCAAUCAAACCCCUUUUAGCCUGAGUCUCAAGACUCAGAGCGUCUCAGCUCUUUACUCUGAAUUUACACGAAGACGGCAGGCUAACACUGCUGAGACAAAGUUUUUUUGUGCUUUCUUGCUAUCUUUUUAAAGGGACAGUUCACCUAAAAAUGAACAUUUGUGACCCUGGACCACAAAACCAGUCAUAGUUUUUUUGAAAUUGACAUUUAUACAUAAUCUGAAACCUUUCAGUUGUUGUAUGGAUAGGACAAUAUUUGUCCGAGAUUAUUGCUAAAAAUAUACCCAUGCCACUUAUAGCUGGUUUUGUGGUCCAGAGUCACAUUUUGUCAUCAUUUACUCACCCUUAUGUUAUUCCAGAUCUAUAUGGCUCACUUUCUUUGGCCGUACACAAAAGAAGAUAUUAGGAAGAACAUUUGGGGUCCAAAAAACAUGAGGAUUAAUAAAUGAUGACAAGUUUCAUUUUUAUGUAAUAACUAUCUGUCCACCCGGCACGUACAGCAUGGGAGGGCUGCUAACCCAGAUCUCUUUUUUAAAAAUGUUUCCAUUUCCUUUCUAGCUGAAUUUCUUCUCUUGAUUACCUGCUUUUCUUGAGCUUGUCGGUUUUCUAUUUAAAUCUAAAUGAAAUUCAAUCUUGCGUGCAUCAGACAGCUUGAGCUUGUUACUUUGAUCCGUGUGGGUGUGUAUAAAGGCAUUAGUGUGUAAUAUUAAUCAAGAUUUGCAAUAUAGCUAUUCUGGUAAAUCAUUCGCUAAAAGUGUCCUUAGACAAUAGCAUUUCAGAUAACUGGAAUUGGAAAAACAGAGAGCAAAAAAAAAAAAACCAAAAAAACAUUUCAGCUCCUUUGAGUCAUUCUGAAAGCCAGUUUCAUGUCAUUUUGACAUUUUCCUCCCUGCUUUUUAAUAGGGAUUUUUAUAAACCGUUUGUUUUAUUAACUCCAACAACUUCCUCUUGGGCUUUUUGGGCAGGUUGCUUUAUGCCAUGUGAAGGGACGUACUGAGGAAAAAAAACAAAAACAAAAAAAAAAAACACAAAAACAGAAAAA